AUGGAUACACAAUAUUCAUCUCAAUACGAUGUCUCUGGGACUUUAGGAGAUAAUACAUUAUCCACAGGGAUACUGGCAGCGUUUUCAACGUCUGGAUAUUCUAAUGAACCACCGUUAUUAGAGGAAUUGGGUAUAAAUUUUAAUCAUAUCAAAUUGAAAACUCAAGCUGUAUUAAAUCCAAGAGGUAGAUCUAUAACUCCAGAGGUUAUGGCUGAUUCAGAUUUAGCAGGUCCAAUCCUAUUCUGCCUGAUCUUUGGUACAUUUUUGUUAUUAGCUGGGAAAGUGCAUUUUGGUUAUAUAUAUGGUGUUGCAUUAUUUGGUACUAUUUCAUUACAUUUUUUUUUCAAAUUGAUGAGUGAAAAUUCUAUAGAUUUCACAAGAACUGCAUCUGUUAUCGGGUAUUGUUUGUUACCUUUAGUGCCUAUAAGUUUUGUUGGUAUUUUCCUUGACAUGAACAAUUUGAUUGGGUAUACCUUGUCUGCGUUGUCAAUCUUUUGGAGUACUUAUUCAGCUUCUGGGUUCUUUAUAGCUGUGCUCAAAUUGGACAAUGUUAGGGCUUUGAUAGCUUAUCCCUUGGCCAUGUUCUACAGUGUCUUUGUCUUGAUGGCCAUCUUUGUGGAGAAGAGUGAAUAG